CUAUAUCUCUCUAUACUUGUUGUAUUGAGCACUAUUUUAACAGUGGUAUUUCUAUAUCUAUCUACAAUUGAUGUAUUGAGUACUAUUUUAACAGUGGUAUUUCUAUAUCUCUCUACAAUUGAUAUAUUGAGCACUAUUUUAACAGUGGUAUUUCUAUAUCGCUCUACAAUUGAUGUAUUGAGCACUAUUUUAACAGUGGUAUUUCUAUAUCUCUCUAUACUUGAUGUAUUGAGCACUAUUUUAACAGUGGUAUUUCUAUAUCACUCUACAAUUUAUGUAUUGAUCACUAUUUUAACAGUGGUAUUUCUAUAUUGCUCUACAAUUGAUAUAUUGAGCACUAUUUUAACAGUGGUAUUUCUAUAUCACUCUAUAAUUGAUAUAUUGAGCACUAUUUUAACAGUGGUAUUUCUAUAUCACUCUAUAAUUGAUGUAUUGAGCACUAUUUUAACAGUGGUAUUUCUAUAUCACUCUAUAAUUGAUGUAUUGAGCACUAUUUUAACAGUGGUAUUUCUAUAUCACUCUAUAAUUGAUGUAUUGAGCACUAUUUUAACAGUGGUAUUUCUAUAUCACUCUAUACUUGAUGUGUUGAGCACUAUUUUAACAGUGGUAUUUCUAUAUCACUAUACAAUUGAUGUAUUGAACUCUAUUUUAACAGUGGUAUUUCUUUAUCACUCUACAAUUGAUGUAUUGAGCGCUAUUUUAACAGUGGUAUUUCUAUAUCACUCUAUACUUGAUGUGUUGAGCACUAUUUUAACAGUGGUAUUUCUAUAUCACUAUACAAUUGAUGUAUUGAACUCUAUUUUAACAGUGGUAUUUCUUUAUCACUCUACAAUUGAUGUAUUGAGUGCUAUUUUAACAGUGGUAUUUCUAUAUCACUCUAUACUUGAUGUGUUGAGCACUAUUUUAACAGUGGUUUUUCUAUAUUGCUCUGUAAUUGAUGUAUUGAUCACUAUUGUAACAGUGGUAUUUCUAUAUCUCUCUAUAAUUGAUGUAUUGAGCACUAUUUUAACAGUGGUAUUUCUAUAUCACUCUAUAAUUGAUGUAUUGAGCACUAUUUUAACGGUGGUAUUUCUAUAUCACUCUAUAAUUGAUGUAUUGAGCACUAUUUUAACAGUGGUAUUUCUAUUCUGA